AUGGUUGCCGCCGAUGAUUUCAUCCCCGAGCUGGCUGAGGGCCAGACGGAACAGCCAGUCCCCGAGUCGCGGGUAUUGAUUAUCAUGACUGGUGGUACAAUUUGCAUGCAACCAUCGCCAGUGGGGCUGGUACCUGCUCGAGACUUCCAGGAGCAAUGCUUAGCGCGGGUGCCUACGUUCAACGAUGGAUCACACUCGACAAUGAUGGAUGUUGUGGCCAACGACGCGGGGGAGAUCAAAGGCCAUCCAAGCCUGCGAACCCCAAUGACGGCAUAUGGCCGACGAGUGAGGUAUACCGUCUUUGAAUUCGAUGAACUACUGGACAGUAGCUCUAUCGAUGCCAAGGGUUGGGCUCAAAUUGCGCAAACCAUUGAGCGAAACUACACAUAUUUCGAUGGGUUUGUUGUGCUCCAUGGGACAGACAGUCUGGCGUAUACCUGCUCCGCACUGAGCUUUAUGCUCAAAAAUCUCGGAAAGCCUGUGAUUGUCACUGGAGCACAGGCUCCAAUGCUUGAGCUACAGAACGAUGCUACAGAUAACCUUCUGGGGUCGCUGGUUGUGGCUGGCCACUUCAUGAUUCCUGAGGUCUGCCUGUAUUUCAACAACAAAUUGUUUCGUGGCAACCGGUCCACCAAGGUAGCGGCAAGCGACUUCAAUGCGUUUAAUUCGCCCAAUUGCGCGCCGCUGGCUGUGACAACAUCGAUGCGCACAAAUGUCAACUGGGAAAUUGUAAACCGGCCUAAAAGCCUCGAGCACUUUAGCAUCCAAACUAACCUAGACACCACCCAUGUCGCGUGCCUCCGCAUCUUCCCGGGUAUCAAGCCAGAGAUGGUGGAUGCAGUAUUGAAACUAGAUGGUCUUCGUGGCCUGGUCUUGGAAACAUUUGGCGCAGGAAAUGCACCUCACGGUCAAGACAAUGCCAUGACCAAGGUCUUUGCUGACGCGAUUUCUCGAGGAAUUGUCAUUGUCAACAUCACCCAAUGUCUGACUGGCAGUGUCAGCGCAGUUUAUGCUACUGGAAUGAGCCUGUCCAAGGCUGGGGUAGUUGCAGGGUUGGACAUGACUACAGAAGCAGCACUGACCAAGCUUGCCUACCUGCUUGCGCUCCCGGGGGCAACACCCAAGGUGGUAGCAAACAACAUGUCUCUGUCGCUUCGUGGCGAAUUGACAGAGUCGUCGCAGCCAGUGUUCCGCCAUCCAGAUGGAGCUCUGCCCGAGAGAGUCCAGGCGCUCACAGUCCUGGGGUACGCUAUCGCCCAGGGGGACCUUGCUCGGGUUGAGGAAAUUGUAAAGAGCGAGCACCAUUGGUUGCUGAACGAUGCCGACUAUUCCGGAAAUACUCCAGUGCAUCUUGCAGCAACAUCACCAUCGGUCGAUAUUCUGCGGUUCCUGCUCCUUCAGGGCGGGUCUGUGCAUCUACGAAACCGCAAUGGACGCACCCCGCUUUUCCUGGCGGCUAACGCUGGGCUGUCAGAACACGUUCAUCUGCUUCGCAAAUCGGGAGCGCAUUUACACUCAGACGAGCGGACAGCAGCGCAGCUCCUCGCCCGACGGCGGCCUGGAACCUGGGGCCUGGCGGGCAUUGGGCCACGUGAAAUCAGUGACAGGGAGAUGGAGGAGGCAGGCGAUAGGUACCGCGCGGGGUCGUCGCACUGGCCGAUGGCGGGAUCAGCACCUUGA